AUGGCACCAGCGAAAACUCUCGAUUAUCUCUCUCAAGAAAAAACCCUCGAGUCUAGUUUCGUUCGCGACGAAAGCGAGCGUCCAAAAGUCUCCUACAAUGACUUCAGCAACGAGAUCCCAAUCAUUUCUCUUGCCGGAAUCGACGAUGUUGAUGGCCGUAGAACAGAGAUAUGCAACAAGAUUGUUAAAGCUUGUGAGAAUUGGGGUAUCUUCCAGGUUGUCGACCAUGGUGUGGACUCAUACCUUAUUUCUGAGAUGACCCGUUUUGCUAAAAUGUUCUUCGAUUUGCCACCGGAAGAGAAGCUCCGGUUUGACAUGUCCGGUGGUAAAAAGGGCGGUUUCAUCGUCUCCAGUCAUCUCCAAGGAGAAUCGGUGAAGGAUUGGAGGGAGCUAGUGACAUAUUUUUCAUACCCAAUCAAACAAAGAGACUAUUCAAGGUGGCCAGACAAGCCAGAAGGAUGGAAAGAGGUUGUCGUGAAUUACUACCCAAAAUGCCCUCAACCCGAUCUUACUCUUGGCCUGAAACGACAUACUGACCCUGGCACAAUAACUCUGCUACUUCAAGAUCAAGUGGGUGGUCUUCAAGCUACUAAAGAUAAUGGUAAGACGUGGAUCACCGUUCAACCAGUUGAAGGUGCUUUUGUUGUUAAUCUUGGAGACCAUGGUCACUAUCUGAGUAAUGGACGGUUCAAAAAUGCUGAUCAUCAAGCAGUGGUGAAUUCAAACUACAGUCGAUUAUCCAUUGCAACAUUCCAGAAUCCAGCACCAGAUGCAACUGUGUAUCCUUUGAAGAUUAGAGAAGGAGAGAAGUCUGUGUUGGAGGAACCAAUUACUUUUACUGAAAUGUACAGGAGGAAGAUGAGCAAGGACCUUGAGAUUGCUAGGAUGAAGAAGCUGGCUAAGGAAAAAGAAAUUAGGGAUUCAGAGAAGGUUAAACUUGAGACCAAACCUUUGAAUGAGAUCCUUGCUUAG